CGCUUGCCAAGCCCGCUUCGCUCCGGCAAUUCUUCCAUUGUUCCUGUGAUGGCAGCGCACGCUUUCUACACCAAGCCGCAACUCCGAAAAUAGUGUGUGUCGAGACGGCGAGCAACGGCGUGCCAGUUGUUUAAUCGAGCUGUCAACCACGGCGACCCCAUUUGGAAGCAUGACGCUCUCUGUGCCCACCGCUCCGAUGGUGUGCCUGGCGGUCGCGGUGUUCGCUAUGGUCGUGUGCGCCACUUGGGUCGAAAGCGCGUGUCCGAGCACGAGAGGCGUGUUCAGCGACUGCGCCUACAGCCAGUGCACUCCGGAGAGCUGUGCCGCCCGUGGUCUGGAGUGCUGCCCCAAGCCUUGCGGGGGCACCUGGUGUGUCAAAGGUGUUGGCCCCAAACGCUCACGGCGGGCUCCAUUUCGCUGUCCUACGUUUGUGCACCCUCCGGAGGGUUGUGAGAGGCCACGCAACAACGCCACCUGCUUUCAAUUAGGCUGUAAACCGAAAGCCUCCAUUUGCUGCUACGGACCUUGUGGGAGCCCCUUCUGCCUGAAAGUGUGACAGCGAUCGGCCCCUGCCCAGUUCCAUGCGCGCAGAUAACGCCCAGCUGAUACACUGCUCCAUCGCGUGAGAACGAAUUGAAGUAGGAACAUGUUAAUAAAUGUAAUUUAAGUUAUGCUUUGAAUAUAUGCUUGCAGAAAACGGCCUUGACAGCAGUGAUGUCGUAGGUGUGAAUUGAAUGACUUUCUCUAAAUCGAUACCUUUAUUGUUUUGCACAAUCUUGUGAGAAGUCAUUAUGUAUACGGUUUCAUUUAUUGUACUUUUAAUUUGUGGUUUGCCAUUUUUGUAAUAUUUUGCCGUAUAUGUAUAAGUGUGCGAAUAUUUUGCAUCUUUGCUAUUUUGUACACAGAAUUACGCGAAUCUAUGGUAUGUUGCUUGUACGAGGCUGUUAAACUGUGUCGCGCUCAGAUGCCUCGAUAAGCUCAGUUCAGCUUUUCUUCUGAUGCCAUCCGCACCUCCUUCCGUUGGAAAUAGAGUAAUGAAUUAUUGAAAGAAUUCAUAGCUUUAACUAAAAGCUUAGUAACUGAUUCAUUAGUCUAACUAUUAUUGUAUGAACGGGAUAAUGUAUCGAUUGAUCAUGAAUACACAACUUUCAAGCCACUCGCUGUGUUGUGACCCACGUCAACUUAACAUCCAGCUAAAAAAAAAAGAACAUACCUCAAGUGUCUUCCGCUCUCUGUGGUAAACAUAAUCCACAUGUGUUUUUUUUUUUCUGCGCCAUAACCUGAUCCUUUUUAUGCCCUGUUAUAUUGCACUGUUUUGGCUCAAAUGAAUAUCUCUCACCAAAAAUGUUGGGAAAACAUUGCUGCGACUGAUUGCAUUGCUCUGCAUCUAUUGAUUCUAUUUCUACGUCUAUUGAUUCGACGCGCCAAGGGCACGCGGAACUAGAUGUACGCGUAUUUUUUUGGAGGAGCUAAAUUAUGAGAUGCCUCGAGCACAUGUUGGAGUGAGCUGAAUUUAUUCCUUAAAAUUGUGCAGGUCCAGUGCAAGUCUUGGAAUCUGUGAUGCGAAUCAUUGCCUUUGUUGGUGCUUGCUGCAAAUAAAUUCAAUUUAGUGAAGCGCUGAAAGAAAUGCUAUAGAA